AUGCAGGGUUAUCCUGACGCCAAUGUUACCUUUGGCCUGGCCAAGGAGAUGAGCCAAAACGACAUCCAACGUGUCAACCGGCUGUACUGCCUCAAGCACUAUGUUCCCUAUGUCAUCGCUAACAACUACUCCGUGAAGCAGCUGAGUGUCAUCACGUCAGCCCUCAACUCUUUUUCUGUUUCCACCUGCAUUCGCUUCAUCCCCCGUGUCAACCACGUAGACUACAUCUACAUCCAGUCUCUGAGUGGAUGCUACUCCUAUGUGGGUCGCCAGGGUAAAGCCCAGACGCUGUCUCUGAAUAGUCGGAGCUGCAUUCGUAUUGGAAUAGUGCAGCACGAGCUCCUCCACGCCCUGGGCUUCCACCAUGAGCAGUCCCGCUCUGACAGGGACGAUCACAUUCAGAUCCUGAAAGGAAACAUCUUGACUAGUUUGCUAUACAACUUUAAGAAGGUCAGCACUCUGAACCAGGGCACCCCGUAUGACUAUGACUCCGUUAUGCACUACGGCAGACUGGCUUUCUCUAAGGACAACGUGAGCCCGACCAUGGAGGCUUAUCCUGACGCCAAUGUUACCUUUGGCCUGGCCAAGGAGAUGAGCCAAAACGACAUCCAACGUGUCAACCGGCUGUACUGCCUCAAGUAG